CGACGUUCGACACACAGAAGCAGCCAAAACGGGGCGAUGACGGAGGUGGAGCCGCUGGCGCUGCUUUCCCUUCAUCGAAGCAACCUCAUUCGACUGAGCAAUUUUCCGCCGGACGCAAGUCGAUGGAUCUCGGAAGCUGCCGCGGUCAGCUGGUCUCAUGGCGUUUCGUCGAUUACAUCGAAAGACUCGGUUGUUGAGAUCAAGCUCGGCGGUUCCCCGUGGUCCCCAAGCGGCGAGGACGCAGUGCAUUCAAGGCGUCUCAUGCUCCACAUCUUGCGCUCAUUGCUCAUGCAAGGGUAUGGCUUGUAUUGCGCGACAAACAUGAGCAACACCGCCGGCAGCAAAGACGUCCUCAUGUUUGAGCGCACCGAGCCGUUCACGCCGAUGAUGUUGGCUAUCUCGAUCAACCAGCACGACGUUCUCCGAGUCAUCGACGCUCCGUCCGAUGUCGUGAAGCGUGCCACGACUUGCAUCAACGAACACUACCAGGGCGGCAGCGUCCGCGUUUCAGAGUACACCCUUGGGUGCACACAAUUCAAGUUAUGGAGCUCCCCAUGGAAUUCCGGACACACGCCGUUUGGACGGCUUAUAGUCGCCCAACUCUUCGCACACCUCCACGCAAUGGGAUGGCGGCUGUACGGAAGUGCGGUCAUGCAAAACACGUCAUCCGAAGGCACGAUGGUGAAAGAUUCGUGGUACUUCAUUUAUGAGCCAGUCGUCCACGUCUUGCCCGCCGCCGCCCCCUCGAAAGGCCACGAGUGAUGUCCGAGUUGCCACGCUCGCAAUCCAUUCGAUCCCAUCGUUAUCUCGAACACCAUCCAUCAUGCUCAUGCGUCUCCAUGUAAUCCCUGACGCCGUGCUCGACUAACACAACAGUAACACACGUCCCUUUCUCCCAACA